AAAAAUGUUAUUUAAGUUUAUAGUAACAUUUUUCUUAUUUAUAUUUCUUAAAAGUAGUAAUGAGCUACAGGAAUUAAAAAUUGGAGGUUUAUUUAGCGAUCCCAUCGAAAAAAUAGCCUACCAACGUACUCUAAAAUUAAUGAAUGAAGAAUAUAUAGGCCCAUUCUUCCAAUACAAUGUGACUUCCCAUUGUUUUAAUGUAUCGGAUACCAAUACAUUUAAAGCAUACAUAGAUACAUGUAAUUUAUUAGAAAAGGGAAUAAUCGGUCUGUUUGGUCCAAGUUCUUCUUAUUCUUCAUCAUACAUUCAAUCAAUUUGCGAUAGAAAAGAAAUACCUCAUGUUGAGAUACAUUCAGAUCCAAAAUUGGACAGAAGAUAUUGUUCUGUUAAUUUACAUCCACAUCCAACUGUUUUAGCAAAUGUAUAUUUAGACUUGGUAAAGGCUUUUGGAUGGCAUAAAAUGAUAAUUCUAUAUGAAAAAUACGAGAGCUUAUCCAGCAUAAGUAAUCUUUUAGAGUUAAACGUUUCUCAUCAGAAAAAUGUUUUAAUUAGAAAACUAGAAACCGAUAUCAAUGGAAGUUAUCAUAUUUCAUUAAUGAAUGCUAAGAAAACUGGUGAAACCAACUUUAUUAUAGAAUGUUCCAUAAAUGUUCUUGAUUCGGUUCUAAAACAAGCCCAGCAAGUGGGCAUGAUGACAGAUAAUUAUCACUUUAUUAUAGCUAACUUGGAUAUGCAUACUAUAGAUAUUUCUCCUUACCAAUAUGCAGGGACUAAUAUUACCGGACUAAGGAUUGUAAAUCCUAAUUCCCCAGAUGUUAUAAGACAUACUAAGGAAAUACAAAAAUUAAUUAUUCCUUCGACAAACUUUAACGAAAAUUUUCAAGGAAUUAAAUUACGAUUAAGAACUGCCUUAACUAUUGAUUCUGUUAGAUUGUUUUACGAAACAGUCCAUGAUCUUCUGUCCGCAGGAAUAAUUAAUCUUAAUACACAACCUAUGUAUUGCAAUACAACAGAUAGUUGGCAUAAUGGUUAUACCAUUAUAAAUUACAUGAAAAGAAGAGUUUUUGAUGGACUUACAGGCGAACUAAGAUUCGAUUAUGAAGGUUUUCGAAGAGAUUUUAAGCUUGAUAUUAUGGAAUUAUCUGUAGAAGGUUUAAUAAAAAUAGGAGAUUGGAAUUCAACAUCAAGACAAAUUGUUACCAAACAUUUAAAUAGAGCUGAACCUUUGCUAACUGAAAGAAACCUUUUUAAUAAAACGUUUUUUAUAAUUACUUGCUUGACUGCACCCUAUGCAAUGUUGAAAGAAACUACAACACAACUUAUAGGAAACGAUCGGUUUGAAGGAUUUGGCAUUGAUGUUAUAGAUAAAUUAUCUAAAUUACUGGGUUUUAAUUAUACUAUUAUUAUACAGCCAGACGGUCAAUAUGGCAACUUUAACAGAACAUCCAACGAAUGGAAUGGAAUGAUUAAAGAAAUUAUAGAAGAUAGAGCUGAUUUUGGUAUAGUCGAUCUAACAAUAACUUCGGAAAGAGAAAAUGGUGUGGAUUUUACUAUGCCAUUUAUGAAUUUAGGUAUUUGUAUUUUAUACAGAAAACCUGAACCUGUUCCACCAAGUCUUUUCAUGUUUGCCUCACCAUUUUCCUUAUCAGUAUGGCUCAUGUUGGGAGUUGCCUAUUUUUUGGUUUCUUUUGCCAUUUUUGUGAUAGGACGCCUUUCACCAUCAGAAUGGGUCAACCCUUAUCCAUGCGUUGAGGAACCAGAAUUUUUAAUCAACCAAUUUAGUAUUAGAAAUUGCUUAUGGUUUACUGUUGGAGCGUUAAUGCAGCAGGGAUCCGAGUUGGAACCAAAAAGUAUAUCAACAAGAACAGCUUCAGGCGUAUGGUGGUUUUUUACAUUGAUUAUGGUAUCAUCUUACACAGCAAAUCUAGCUGCAUUUUUAACUGUUGAAACUUUGGUCACUUCUUUUAAAAACAUUGAGGAAUUAUCACGUCAGACGGAAAUCAAAUAUGGUGCUAAAAGAGAUGGCGCUACGGCCAACUUUUUUAGAGAUUCAAAUAUAAGUACAUAUCAAAAAAUAUGGAGACAUAUGGCUUUACAUCCAGAAGAUAUGGUUAAUAGUAAUGAUGAGGGUGUUGCCAAAGUAGAAAAAGAAAAUUAUGCAUAUCUAAUGGAAUCUACAAGCAUUGAAUAUGAAACUGAGAGACAUUGUUCUUUAGCUCAAGUAGGAAAUUUAUUAGAUGAUAAAGGAUAUGGCAUUGCAAUGAAAAAAUUUUCAGAAUACAGAAACGAAAUGAGUAGGGAGGUUUUAAAAUUACAGGAAACUGGUGAGUUAUCACAAUUAAAGAUUAAAUGGUGGAAAGAAAAACGUGGAGGUGGAAAAUGUGCUUCAAAAUCUGAAGGUGGAGAUGCUACGCCUCUCGAUUUAAAAAACGUUGGUGGUGUGUUUUUGGUACUCUUUGUUGGUUCUAUAAUGGGUCUAAUAGGAUCAUUCCUGGAAAUGGCAUAUCAAGUAUGGCAGGAAUGUAAAGAAAAAAAGCGAUGUUUUAAAGAAGACCUCAUAAGAAACUUAAAAUUUGUUGUGCAUUUUAAACAGAAUAUCAAAGAGCUUUCAUAUGAUGAUGAUGAUAAUGAAGUUUCUGAAGCCAACUUACUAGAAAGUAUAAAAAGUUAAAUAAAAGACUAUUUAAUGCUGCUAACUAAGUUUUAAUUCGAACCUAUAAAACAUUUCCGAUCACAAUUAAAUUAUUAAUCAACAAACAUUUCAUUGUAAGGUAUCUUUUCAAAGUAUGCUUUCAAAAUAUUCGUCACAACAACUUCAAUGGUAUGGUUAAUACCCGCUCCAACUUCCUUCAUUACUUCCUCCCAGUUAUCAUUUAACACCAUAUUCAUAUUGUCACCCAAAAGUUUAUCCCCGUUAAACAAAUUUUCAAGUAGAAAAUAAGCUCUUUUUAGCUUUAAGUCUAAAUGGGCAUCCUUAACGUUUGCAUACUUUUUGCCGUCUUUAUCAAUAACGUCCCAUUCAAAGACAUACUCAAAAUCAGCAUGGG